AGGACGACAUAUUCGUUGUGUCCCUCCCUUUCGUAACCAUCGUUCUGGGUCUCGUUUCUUUCUUUCUUUCGAUACCACACCCCUCCCUCUCCCCCUAUUCCACUCCGGACUACGGAAAAUCCAUCGAAAGAAAGAAGAAAAGGAAAGGGGAGAGGGUUAAGAUGGGGCAUUGAAAUGGGGUCUAUGGGGGAACGGACGGGAGAUCAGUGGAUCGGUCACCGCAUACGGAAUACCCACUAUACUUUCUCACGCCUUUACCUUCCUCCCUUUUGCCCCGUUUGCGCCCCAUUUAAGGAAAGGAAAAAGGGAAAAACUUAAGGUAUAUAGGCUAGGGUUAGGUAUGUUGGGACCCUGGAAUGACUGGUCGAAAUCUGAUUUACUGGCGGUGUGAGAUUAGCUGAGUAUUACCUAUUCCGGCAGGUGUGUGGUUUCUGUACGGAGUAGAUUCGGAUGCCUAGAUAUAACCGCACCUAUCUGCCGUAGAUAAAGGAUAAAGACAAAGGAGGAUGUAACCGAGCAAGUGGUAUGACUGUUGAGUCAGGGUUAUGUUAUCAUCUACAAUUCAUGAGCCGCGGUGGUAUGUCUGGCUGCGCUGAACAGAACCAACCUACGUACUCCUAUGUACGAUGUACGGAUCGUCGAUACAUACUGUCACCGGCCGAAAACCUACGAUGGGGAGAUCGGAGUACGUACCCGUCUUUUCACACUAAAGCGCGACAUGAUCGUCCGGUCCGGCUGAUGGUUUUCGCUAUUCUUGUGACUUUAGUAAUCCUCUUAAGGGUGAUGAUCAUAGUAUGGGCGUUUAUUGGGGACCCCCCGGGCUGGAAUUUGCGCUUGUGUUUUUGAGGGCUUUUUUGUUUUAUCUCGGGGCGUCAGUGCUAUGGGAUGGACUACGUAAUCGGGUCUCCAUGCGGUAUUUCUUUCUUUAGUACUCUGUACUGACAUAUGCAUUAUGUACAUACGGAGCAGUUUGUAUAUGAAUAGAAGUUGUUCAGGGGAUCUACGGCCUACAGGAAAUCGAUUAUGGUGCAUAUGUGGC